AUGUUUGUGCACCGGACGCAGCCGAAGUUUUCUCUUCUAGCGUCUCAAGCUUGUCACCAAUUCUAUCACGGGGGACUUCCAGCGCGGCUCUUUACAGUAUGUGACGAGCCUUCUCGCAGCCCAGUCCUUGGGCAGUUCGGUAUGGUGUCUUCCUUAAGAUACCAAAAUGACGGAGGAAAUGGCUUUACCUUGCUUGUCGACUCCUCGUCAUUACCACUCGCAUCCAAACCACUAAGAAUAACGUCACGUUUCUCUCGACUCCUCACGGUGAAAAAAUCUUUCAAGGUAGCAACGCAAGCCCUCACUGUAGAAUGGAAUGACUCGGAAUAUGAGAAAACCAAACUUGCUCUAUGUUUGGUCGACCACGAUGAUACACGUCGACUCUACUCAUCGUCAAUUGGAGCAGACUCCCCUAUGCUACUUCUCAGUACGACACCUCAUGUAGAAAGGAUCAAAUCAAUGGACAGCUAUAUGUACAAGCCUACGCCAGCAGUGGCAGAACAGAUGGGUGUGUUUCUGUGGUGGAUCUCCCUACUAAGCCAUCUUCUUCAAUGGUCUCGAGAAGUCCUCGACGUCGUUCCUGAUUCCCAAUGCGGGUGUAUAAAUAAAGUUGAAAACAUGCAGACAAUGCUGAGUGGCAAAAGGAGUGCGAGCAAAGUUGAAGGAGAAAAUAAGGAGCGCAGGGUGACAGUGACAGAUAGAUGCGGCCGCCAGCGGAACGGAUGUUGGGCCUCGGGUGUAACAAGGAUGACUCAGAGUUCUAGCUCUGACUGUGGGAGAACGAAGGACUCAGCGGCGGGUACAUCAAUCGGAGCUGUUGGCAAAAAUACUGUUUCACGUUUGUCAAGUACGAUCUCUGGUAUUUCUCCGCAAGGUUCAUCGGCCACUGAGAUUGGUUUCCGUAUUGAAUGUGACCACAACGUUCAAAGCUUCACAUGCACAGCUGCCAGUGGGCCCUUUGCUAAUUCGAGUUUGCGCUAUAUUGGUAAGCCAUUACGGCAUCGAGCUGCCAUUAAUGGUAGGGACGUACGCCUAGAAUUUGAAAUGAUUUACAAAGUUUCAUCCCCGAUGGGCCAUGGCCACCAAACCUUCAGCAGCCUUCAGCAUGCUGUUGUACCAACGUAGUCGCAAUGUCCUGCUCUUGUGUGAAUAACACGAACACUUCAAGUACCAAUUAAUCAAAGAUCGAUACAGGUAUCUGCCGGACGCAGGGGAUGGAUGAUAUCUUCUGGCAAUGUACGAGUAUCCGGAAUAUGAUAAUGAGUCACAGC